AUGGAAGGCAUUUUAGAUUUCUCAAAAGAUUUGGAUAUCAAUCUAUUAGAUUCCGUAGUGGAUACUCUAUAUAAAGGUUCUGGCCAACAACAGAAACAAGCUCAAGAUGUAUUAACGAAAUUCCAAGAUCAUCCAGAUGCUUGGCAACGUGCAGAUAAAAUCUUACAAUUGUCAAAUAAUCCACAAACGAAAUUCAUUGGGUUAUCAAUCAUGGAUAAAUUGAUCACUACUAAAUGGAAAUUAUUACCUGCUGAUCAAAGAAUUGGUAUUAGAAAUUUCAUUGUCGGUAUGAUCAUUUCCAUGUGUCAAGAUAACACCCUUUUCAGAUCCCAAAAGAAUUUGAUUAAUAAAUCUGAUUUGACUUUGGUGCAAAUCUUAAAACAAGAAUGGCCACAGAAUUGGCCAAAUUUCAUUCCUGAAUUAAUUAGUAGUUCCACUUCAUCUCCUAAUGUUUGUGAAAAUAAUAUGAUUAUAUUGAAAUUAUUAUCAGAAGAAGUUUUUAAUUUUUCAGAUGAACAAUUGACUCAGGCAAAAGCUCAACAUUUAAAAACAUCAAUGUCCAAAGAAUUUGAACAAAUCUUUAAAUUAUGUUAUCAAGUUCUAGAGCAAGGCUCUUCUGUACCUUUAGUGGUAUCUGCCUUGGAAUCUUUACUGAGAUAUUUAUAUUGGAUCCCACCUAUUUAUGUUUAUGAAACAAAUCUAAUUGAAUUAUUAAGUAAUAAAUUUUUAAUAUCAAGUGAUACAAGAGCCAUUACAUUAAAAUGUUUAACAGAAAUUUCUAGUUUGAACUUAGUAAUUAAUAAUAAUUCCAAUGAAAGUUUAGAAAUGAAAUCUAAAACUAUAAUGUUAUUUCAAAAUACUAUCAAUCAAAUCUCUUCAAAUGUGUUCCCGGUGUCUACUGAUUUAAAAUCUACCUAUAAAACUGCAAAUGGUAAUGAUCAAUCAUUCUUACAAGAUUUUGCAAUGUUUUUAACUACUUAUUUAUCAAAUCAUAGAUCAUUAUUAGAAACUGAUGAAUCCUUAAGAGAUUUACUACUACAAUCACAUCAAUUUUUGAUUCAAUUAUCUAAAAUUGAAGAAAGAGAAUUAUUUAAAACCACUUUAGAUUAUUGGAAUAAUUUAGUAUCUAAUUUAUUCUUAGAAAUUGAACAAUUACCACAAAACCAAAUGAAUCCAUUAAUGCAAUUAUCUAUGGGUGCUCAGCCACUGUCAUCCAAAGGUGGUGCUCCAAAUCCUGAAUUCUUGAAAAAAUUUCCUUUGAAAAAACACAUUUAUGAUGGUGUUUGUUCACAAUUAAGAUGGGUCAUUAUUGAAAAUAUGGUUAGACCAGAAGAAGUUUUAAUUGUAGAAAAUGAUGAAGGUGAAAUUGUUAGAGAAUUUGUUAAAGAAUCAGAUACCAUUCAAUUAUAUAAAUCAGAAAGAGAAGUCUUGGUUUAUUUAACUCAUUUAGAUGUCAUAGAUACUGAAGAAAUUAUGAUUAAUAAAUUAUCAAGACAAUUGGAUGGUUCGGAAUGGUCUUGGCAUAAUAUCAAUACCUUAUGUUGGGCUAUUGGUUCAAUCUCAGGUACUAUGGCUGAAGAUACUGAAAAGAGAUUUGUUGUCACUGUUAUCAAGGAUCUUUUAGCUUUAACUGAUAAAAAGAGGGGCAAAGAUAAUAAGGCAGUGGUAGCUUCAAAUAUUAUGUAUGUGGUGGGUCAAUAUCCAAGAUUUUUAAGAGCUCACUGGAAUUUCUUAAAGACAGUUGUUAUAAAAUUAUUCGAAUUUAUGCAUGAAACUCAUGAAGGUGUGCAAGACAUGGCAUGUGAUACUUUCAUCAAAAUUGUCCAAAAAUGUAAAUACCAUUUUGUCAUUCAACAACAACGUGAAUCUGAACCUUUUAUUCAGGAUAUCAUCAGAAAUAUCCAAGAAACAACAGCUGAUUUACAACCUCAACAAGUGCAUACAUUCUACAGAGCUUGUGGUUUAAUCGUAAGUGAAGAAAGGCAACAAGCAGAAAGAGAUAGAUUAUUAUCUGAUUUGAUGCAACUACCAAAUAUGGCUUGGGAUGCAAUUGUCCAACAAUCAAAUGAAAAUCCAGCAUUAUUAUUAGAUCCAGAAACUGUGAAGAUCAUUGCUAAUGUGAUCAAAACAAAUGUUGCUGUUUGUACUUCCAUGGGGCCUGAUUUUUACUCUCAAUUAGGCCAUAUUUAUUAUAAUAUGUUAGGGUUAUACACUGCAGUUUCUUCAAUGAUUUCUGAUCAAGUAUCAAAAGAAGGAAUAAUCGCAACAAAGACUCCAAAAGUUCGUGGUUUAAGAACCAUCAAGAAAGAAAUUCUAAAAUUGGUAGAAACUUACAUUGCAAAGGCUAAAAAUCUAGAUGAUGUUGUCAAAGUUUUAGUAGAACCAUUAUUAAAUGCAGUUCUAGAAGAUUAUAUGAACAAUACACCGGAUGCAAGAGAUGCAGAAGUAUUGAAUUGUAUGACUACUGUUGUUAAUAAAGUUGGACCAAUGAUUCCUCAAGGUGUUAUUUUAAUCUUACAAAGUGUGUUUGAUUGUACAUUAAAUAUGAUUAAUAAGGAUUUUACUGAAUAUCCUGAGCAUCGUGUUGAAUUUUAUAAAUUAUUACGUGCUAUUAACGAAAAAUCAUUUAAUGCUUUGUUACAAUUGCCACCUGCAGCAUUUAAGUUAUUUGUGGACGCAAUCUGUUGGGCAUUUAAGCAUAUUAAUAGAGAUGUUGAAGUUAAUGGUUUGCAAAUUGCUAUUGAUUUGGUUGAUAACAUUGACAAGUUAUCAGUUACAAGACCAGAUUUUGCUAGUGGUUUCUACGAAAAUUAUUUUUUCAUUUUCAUUAGUGAAACAUUUUUCGUUUUAACUGAUCCAGAUCAUAAGUCAGGUUUCUCAAAACAAUCAUUAUUAUUAAUGAAAUUAAUUGCAUUAGUUGAAGAAAAUAAAAUCACUGUCCCAUUAUAUAAGCAAGGGGAUGCUCCACAAGGUACUUCGAAUCAAGUUUACUUGAAUGAAUUUUUAGGUAAUAUGCUAAGUAAUGCCUUCCCACAUCUAACAAGAGAUCAAUUAGUUAGUUUCUUAUCUGUGCUAACAAAACAAUUUAAAGAUUAUAAUUCAUUCAGAGCUACACUAAGAGACUUCUUUGUUCAAAUUAAAGAAGUUGGUGGUGAUCCUACAGAUUAUUUAUUCACAGAAGAUAGAGAAAAUGCUUUACAAGAAAAGAAUAAAUUAGAUAAAGAAAGAGCCGCCAAGAUUGGUGGUUUACUAAAACCUUCUGAAAUGGAUGACUAA